AUGUUGAAGUUGCCCAUAAAAUCACAAGUGUUGCGGGGCGGCGCUUAUUUACGCGCCGCUUCGUUUCAGAUCCGUUGCAAGAGCUCGCAAGAAUCGAAUUCCACUUACAGAGUCAACGACAACUCGCAUUUCCCAGAGGAUUCUGCGGAUGCUACUGCUACUAUCCUUUCCGAAGCAAGCGAUUUCCAGAAGCGGAUCCGCGAUAGCAAGAAUCGUGCCACCUGGUGGGAACUGAUCAACAAGCAGAAAGAACGUGCCCAUGAGGGUAAGAACAUCGAUUCGUUCACUCUGGACGAUGUUGUCACUACAGAAGUGUUUGAAAGAACCAGGGCAGACGGUUUCUCCUACUUGGUUCUGCCAUUCAAACAAGACCGGUUCUUGAUGGACAACUACUUGAACGUGGCAGGAAGAUUGCGGUUUGGAAACCUUUUCCAGGAUUGCGACUCAUUGGCAGGAAGAGUGGCCGCAAAACAUUGCAAGCCGGCUGAACCUAUGAAUGUUACUGCAUCUAUUGACAGAAUCUAUGUGACUCGUAAGGUUGACGAAAUUCACAAGUAUAACUUUGUCAUUGUUGGUUAUGUCACCUACACUGGUAGAUCGUCCAUGGAGAUCUGCAUCAAGGGUUUCUCUUUCGAACAUGAUCUACCAGCUGAGAUCAACCCAGACUUUGUUGAGCAGUACAAGAAAGAUUGCUUCCUUUCUGCAAACUUCACAUUCGUUGCAAGAAACCCAGCUACCCACAAAUCACAUGCUGUCAACAAGUUGCUUCCAUCUACAGAGAAAGAAUGGGUCGAUUAUAAACGGGCCGAGAGUCGGAUUGCAGCCAAAAAAUUGCGUGCCAAACUUGAGUCGCUUGAGAAUGUUCCUCCUGCGGAACACGAGUCCCAGAUGAUUCACAAUCUUUACACUUCGUCCAAGAAGAUCCUUGAGAGUGAUAUCAGCGUUCCAAACAUCGUUUUCAUGAAAGACACCAGACUUGCUGCCACCCAAAUCCAGCAGCCUCAAUAUAGAAACCGUCACGGUGUCAUUUUCGGAGGAUAUUUGCUAAGACAGACUUUUGAGCUCGCCUACUGUGCUGCAGGUGCAUUCUCCAAGUCCAACCCUAGAUUCAUUUCUCUUGACAAUACCACCUUCAAGGCUCCUGUUCCCGUUGGAUCUGUUUUGUAUAUGGAUGCCGAGGUUUGCUACACGGAGCACAUCCAUGAAAAGGACGAGGUUUCAGAGUCUUCAGAAGAGUUGAAGCGUGUUUUGAAAGAUUACGACACGAGUGCAAACCUUUUGAGUGCUGACGAGCAGGAAUAUUUCUCUGUUCCAGGAACAUUAAUUCAGGUGAAAGUGGAAACCAAGAUCCGGACUUUGAGUGACACCAAGAUGACUCAAAGUGGAACUUUUGUCUACUCUUUCUUCGUUCCUCGGGACGCCAACGGAGAUCAUGACGAUCCUGGCUACUCGUCUGUUAUUCCAGAAACUUAUGGAGAAAUGAUGGAUUACGUUGAGGGACGUCGUCGUGCAUACGACACAGCUGCUUAUGCCCAGCAGUUGAAGUUGUCUAGCGGAAAUUAG